AAAAUGAYCCGAAAUAUUUAGAACUUCGCGGCUCGAUAUAAUUAGCAAGAGUUACUUACGAGUACCCUACACGGUAAUUUUGUAAACGUGCAAACGAGGCUAUCCAAUUUAUGGGUUGCCUGUGUCACAUUUCAAAAUGGCGGGCGAGGUAGACUUUGAAGAAGAGUUCGAAGAAGAAGAUGAAUUUGAGUGGAACGAAAGACAAACGUAUCAAGAUCAGACUAUCACAUUUACUAGCAUGAAGACACAAACAGAUGGGAUAAGUAACUAUGAAAAUUUCGAGGGUGCAGUUCUUCAAAAACCGAAAGAAAAUGCAGAGUCGACCGAAACUUUCGAAGUUGAGAAGCCGGAAACGUCAAGUCUAUCUAAUGAAAACUCAACUGGUGGACCCUCUAGAAUGUCUCUGAAUGACCACAAAGCUGGAAUGGAAGGACUAGAUAAAGAAAAGAUAAAUAAGAUAAUAUUUGAGGCAAGCAAAGGAUCGAAAUUCUACGAAAAUGAACUUUUGAAAGAGCAACAAGUGAAAGAAAGGAUCCAUCGUCAAACCGAACAGUUAGAGUCGUCCACAGAUAAAGAAAAAUCAGAAGCAUUGGUACAAGCUGAUAGAUUGGUCAAAGAACUUGAAGAAACUCGUGACUUGAGUCGAACGAUAGUCCAUAUUGACAUGGAUGCGUUUUAUGCUGCGGUUGAGAUGCGGGAUGAUCCAAGCUUACGAGACAAACCCAUGGCUGUUGGGUCAAUGGGAAUGCUAUCAACCUCUAACUAUCUCGCUAGGCGAUUUGGAGUUCGAGCUGCAAUGCCAGGGUUUAUUGGCAAAAAGCUUUGUCCUGAUCUUACUAUUGUUCCAGGACAUUUUGAUAAAUACCGCGAAGCAAGUAGUAUUGUUCGAAAUAUCCUAAAGGAUUAUGACCCUGACUUUUUACCAAUGAGUUUAGAUGAAGCUUACUUGGACCUUACUGAUUAUAUUAAAGAAAGACAAAAACAUACUGAAAAAAGAGUGUUUUAUAAGCCAACAGGAAGCCAAGAAACAACAAACCAAGAUUCUGACAUCCAGCCUUACGAGUUUGGUCAUACUGUUGAUGAUAUUGUCAAGGAAAUUCGCUUUCGGAUUGAGUUAGAAACACAGCUGACUGCCAGUGCUGGUAUUGCCUGCAACAGAAUGCUUGCGAAGGUAUGCACUGAUCGCAACAAGCCUAAUGGUCAAUUCAUAUUGUCUUCUGAUCGGGAUUUUGUUCUGCAGUUYGUCAGAGACUUGCCUAUUCGAAAGAUAAGUGGAAUUGGUAGAGUGAGUGAACAAAUGCUGAAAGCUCUAGGAAUAACUACUUGUAGUGAUCUGUAUGACAGAAGAGGUUUAAUUGUUCUUCUUCAUUCAAAUAUUUCCUCAAGAUUUCUAAUCGCAGUCUCUCUUGGGCUGGGUGAAACAAGAUUAGAGUGUACCAGAGAGAGAAAAAGUCUUGGAACAGAAAGAACAUUUACUGAAAUCAGUAAUCCCAAGGAACUCUUCCUUGAAUGUCAGAAUCUGUGCAAGACUGUGGCUAAUGAUUGCAAGGAUGAGGGACUUAGGCCAAGAACAGUUACCUUGAAACUCAAGACUGUCAAAUUUGAUCUUAAGACUAGGUCAUUCUCUUAUCCAAAUCCAAUUUCUUCAGAAAAAGAAAUUUGGGAUGCUGCAAGAGAUUUGCUCAGCAAAGAAAUUAAAAGUUGUGAGCCAAAGUUAUUGCGCCUGAGGCUAAUGGGUGUGCGACUGUCCAAUUUUGAAAGUUUUGAGAAGAAGGACACAAAACAGGACACAAUAACUAGUUUUCUCCAAAUGGGCAAAUGUAAACAAGAGAGUGAUGGACAUGAUGGGACUGUCUUAGAGUGUGGAAAUAAAGACGAAAUGAGUACCACAGACCUUGGUAGUGCUAGUACAUCUGGUAUAGUUCAGAGUACUUCUGCUACUUCUUCUUUCCAAGCAGUUUGCCCUGUUUGCAACAAUUUACAAACCAUUGAAGGUUCUGAUCAUUUAGAAGUUUUCAACAAGCAUGUAGAUUUGUGCCUCAAAAAUCAAAGUGAAGUUGAGAAGUCAUGUUUUGAGGCUGUUUGCCCAGUUUGUAAUACUUUACAGGUUAUCAAAAAUCCUGAUUACUUAACAGUGUUUAACAAACAUGUGGAUUUGUGUCUCAAUUCGGGCACUAUAAAAAAGGUGUUGUCCUUAGACCACACAGCCAAUACGUCACCCGGGACUCCUCUCAAGAAAGAUGGAGGUGAGACUGGAUCAACAGGGGGUAAGAGCAUGAAAGGAGGCAAGAGGAAGCAGCAGAAUACCAAAGAUGCUUCUACACCUAAAAGAGUUACUUUAGAGAGAUUUUGGUCAAAGUGAAACUUGCAGAUAUUGAAAUAAUUGUAUUAUAAAAUAAAUUUGCUUACUCGCUAAUAGAUAUUAUAAAUAGAUAUAAGGUAAUAUCUAUUAUAAAUAGAAAUCAUAUAAUAUCAAAUAGAUACAUAGAUACAAUAUAAUAGCAAAAAGUUGUCCUUGAUGAUGAACAAGGGCGGAUCCAGGGAGGGCAAAAGGGGGCCUGAUGCCCCCCUUCAGCAGAAAACAAAACAAAACUGAAGAAUUAGAUGCUUUUUUUUGUUGUUUUCUGUUGUGUUG